GCAGUGAAGAACGUUUUAGUUUCAGAAGGUUAGUCUUUGGAGUUUUGCGGAUUUUUAAUUAGCUACCUAUCCUAAAUAGUAUCCUUUAGUAAAUAAAGUGGAUAAAGUUUUCAGAACAAGACUUAGAUAAUAGGCGGCCUGACGUUACAUGUUUGAUUUGCGCUGCCGGAACAGAUGUAAACAAACUAGAUGGCUAACGUUAGCUAGCUAACACGUUUGGUACCAGAACGUCAUAAAAACAGAGGCUGUAGGUGCAACUGGUUUGAUGUGAGGAUCUUCUAAAGCAGUGUUUAGUGGUGAUCACCUAGCAGCUACAACGUUUCAACACAGUGCACAUGCGUUACAAUGCAACGUAACAUCACUGGGUAGCUAUAUUUAUCCUAAACGCUAGCUAUGCGGAUUCGCUGAUCUUCAACUGGUCUGGAUGGCGCAUACUAUCCACUGCCCACUAAAAUAUCCACGUACUAAGGCUGGUGUGUUAUUUUUUGCUAUUGUGUGAAACCCAAUCAUGGGCCUCUCCUUAGAGUCGCUCCAGGCUCUGUAGUUCGGGGUCUGAGCCACUCGCUAUGCAUCUACACAAGCACACAGUGGAGACUCAAAUGCUUAUUUUUCUGUUGAACUGCUGGAUGGAAGGUGUCCAACUAGAAACCACUCAUCUCAUUUAGAAAGGAUACAGCUGCUUCUAUAGUAUUCAAUCAUGGAGAAGAUGGCACGUGUGACCACUGCCUUAGGCAACACUGCUAUCAGCGGUUGCACAAUGUUCUGCCAUCUGGAUGCGCCAGCCAACGCCAUUAGCGUUUGCCGAGAUGCGGCACAGGUGGUGGUGGCUGGACGCAACAUCUUCAAAAUAUACGCGCUAGAGGAGGAGCAGUUUGUGGAGAAGCUGAACCUGCGUGUAGGUCGCAAGCCCUCCCUCAAUUUCAGCUGUGCUGAUGUCAUGUGGCACCAGAUGGACGAGAACCUGCUAGCCACCGCUGCCACGAAUGGGGCUGUGGUGACUUGGAACCUGGGCAAACCGUCCCGGAACAAGCAGGACCAGCUCUUCACGGAGCACAAACGCACGGUCAACAAGGUCUGCUUCCACCCCACGGAGGUUUACAUGCUGCUUAGUGGGUCUCAAGAUGGUUACAUGAAGUGCUUCGACCUGCGAAAGAAAGAGUCCGUCAGCACUUUCUCAGGGCAGUCGGAAAGUGUGAGAGAUGUGCAGUUCAGUAUGAGGGACUACUUCACAUUCGCUGCUUCAUUUGAGAAUGGCAACGUGCAGUUGUGGGACAUCAGGCGGCCAGACCGGUACGAGAGGAUGUUCACCGCACACACUGGACCUGUUUUCUGCUGCGACUGGCACCCUGAGGACAGGGGUUGGCUGGCAACAGGCGGCCGAGACAAGAUGGUGAAGGUGUGGGAUAUGACCACCAACCGGGCCAAGGAGAUCCACUGCGUGCAGACCAUCGCCUCGGUGGCGCGUGUCAAGUGGCGGCCCGAGCGGAAAUGGCACCUGGCCACGUGCUCCAUGAUGGUGGACCACAACAUCUACGUGUGGGACGUGCGCCGCCCCUUCAUCCCCUUCGCCACCUUCGAGGAGCACAAAGACGUCACCACAGGCAUCGUGUGGCGCCACCUGCACGACGCCUACUUCCUUCUCUCAGGCUCCAAGGACAGCACCCUGUACCAGCACAUGUUCCAGGACGCCAGCAGGCCCGUGGACAAGGCCAACCCAGAGGGCCUCUGCUUCGGCUUGUUUGGCGACCUGGCUUUCGCGGCCAAGGAGAGUCUGAUCAGCAGCGACUCCAACAGGAAGCCCUACGGCGGGGGAGACCGCCGAUACCCCAUCUUCUUCUUCAAGAAGCCCGACCUCACGGAGCAGUUUGCCCACGUGUCCAGCGCGCUCAGCGUCUUCGAGACCGACCUGGAGAGCGGCCGCAUGGACUGGUUUGUGAAGACGGCCAGGCUCUACCUGCUCAGCGGGAAGCCAUUUGCUGAGCUUUGCGACCACAAUGCCAAGGUGGCCAAAGAGCUGAAAAGACCUCAGGUUUCAACUACUUGGACAAUGUUGAGGAUCAUGUUUUCCGACCCAGGAAGCCUCAAUCCAGUGACCCCAAACCUUAAUAUUUGUAAACUGGGAACCUUGCCUCUAAUGAACAGCUUCAACAUGAAGGAGAUGACUGCAGGUCUGGGCAAUGAGAGUCGCCUGGACCGCAGCAAGGGGGAGAUCAGACAGGACAACAUCCACAUGGACCCUGGAAACUCCCUCAUCAACAACAAUGAUGAAAACGAGGAGACGGAGGGCAGUGAGGGACAGGCUGAGUACAUGUUCGGUGAUGCUGAGCUGGAUGAUGAUGACCUGUACUCCAUGGAGCAUGACAACCAGGCUGCGGAGGAGCCGGAGUACACCCUGCCCCAGGAGGCCUUCCCCCUCCGGCACGAGAUCGUGGACAACCCCUCUGCCCCGGAGCACCUGCAGGACAAGGCCGACUCGCCACAUGUGAGCGGCAACGAGGCGGAGAGCGCGUGCCUUACGCCCAUCGAGUCCUUCUCUCUCAUCUCCAUCUCCCAGCCGCUGUUCGGCUCCCACCUGCCACCGCGCUUCUUCAGCCCCGUGGUGCAGGAGAUGCUGCGCUACUACGCCGAGCAGGGCGACGUGCAGAUGGCCGUGUCCGUGCUCAUCGUCCUGGGGGAGCGCAUCCGCAAGGAGAUCGACGACCUCACUCAGGAGCACUGGUACAUGUCCUACAUUGACCUGCUGCAGCGCUUCGAGCUCUGGAACGUCUCCAACGAGGUCAUCAAGCUGAGUACUUGCAGUGCUAUAAACUGCCUGAACCAGGCCUCCACCACGCUGCACAUUAACUGCAGCAACUGCAAGCGGCCAAUGAGCAACAAGGGCUGGAUCUGUGACAGGUGUCGCCAGUGUGCCAGUAUCUGUGCGGUGUGCCACCACGUGGUAAAGGGGCUGUUUGUGUGGUGCCAGGGCUGCAGCCACGGCGGGCACCUGGAGCACCUCAUGAACUGGCUGAAGAGCAACUCACACUGCCCCGCGGGCUGCGGGCACCUGUGUGAAUACACCUGAGAGGGGAAGGUCGCCCGUCUGUGAAAGGGCUACGCAAUGUCACGUGACAGGGUUUAGUCUUUUAGCUACGUUUUCUUUUUAAAUUUAAUUUAACCUGGAUCUCCUUUAUUGCCACUUAAGAGCUCUGUGCCAGGCACAAGACAGUGUGCAUCUGUAAGCUGCUGCUGUUGCUGAGGAGGGAAGAAAACGAGAACCGGGAACACAACUUGAUCCUAAACAUUUUCUGGCCUUUUCAUGAAAGGUUGCUGCUGUCACAGGCUGUGAAAUUCUUCCCCCCCACCCCCAUACCCCUUCCUAGAUGUUGACCAAUCCCCACAUCUGCAGCCCACCUAACAUGCCCUCAGGCGGGAUCUCACUGUGCUGUCCUGACGGGGGAUACAGGGACGGUUUUCUAACACCCCUUGCACAGAGGCCUGCUCGCUGCUCCAUUAACCACUUUUCGGGUCCAGUUUUGAAGGACGGCCGGUUGCUGUUUUGGUGCUAAGUCGGGCUUUUCAUUGACUUCACUCCAAGGAUCAAAGCAGGGCCAGAACCAUUAAAGGGAAUCUGCCAACAAUGCAAUAAAGACGUUACUGAGCUUUAUAUACAAGUAUAUACGUAUCUAAAUUAACAGACACAUCCUGUUUUUCAAUAGAAGGGAAUAUAUGUACAGAAUUGAUUCAAGCAACACAUCCUCUGCGCAAUUUGUGAUGGACCCCUGCUUUCUCAACUGUAGAGAGUAAAAAUUGCUUUGCCAUGGGUGCAGAGGCCAAGGAUGGACAGCAUCAAGAUACUUUAAAACUAUGGUGUACAAUUAAGUCUUUGAAACGAUACCUUCACUUAAAUGGCCUUAUUCGUUUGACAGUGUAUUUUACUCUUAGGAAUUUAAUUGCCAUUUAUUUUUCUACAAGUAUUUUGUCGUUUCACAAUGAAGUCGAGCAGAACUACCACACUUUAAUUCUUUUUUUGAAAAUAAUUUUUUGAAAUUUGACAAUUGUACAUAGUAAUAACUUAUUUUGAUGAAAAAUGAUGUAUAUUGUGGGGAAUGGUUAAUUUAUCUGUUGUGCUUCAUAAUGUCACAGUACAUGACCCUUGGCCCAUGGCUUUCUUUCAGCCUGAGUGUUCCUUGUGUAUAGAACAGGUUUUUGUUAAUAAAUGGAAUACAGAAAA